CUCUACACGAAUAUCUUUUUCUGAGAAUAUGCAUUUCCAAACGUCACCGAAACUGCCCUGAGCAAUAGCAUGAGUCGAUUCCUUGACAACCUUGACGGUAAGGUCAACCAGACUUCUGGAUUCGUUAGAAAAUUUGUCACAUGAGUCAGGAGCUCUGCAACAAACUACGUCUACUCACCCGUUAUCACUGACGUCUACAUCCAGGUGCGUCGAGCUCGACGUUUCUGUCUCCAGUUGGCCCUUGGUCCAUUUACGAGUCUCAGGUAGCAGAGUAAGAACGUGAAAGGGAGCGGGUGAAGCAAAACACAGGGCUAUAUAUGGACAAGUACUAAGUUGGUGUGUGCAAAUAAACGUUCGUCAUGAUUCAUGAUCAACAGAAGCAUCACGUGAUUCAAAUUUGCAGGUUGGCGUAGGCAAUAUGUUUUUGGAUUUACAUCAAACCUAGUUUUGAGCCUUGACCCUACCGUACUCUAGUGAUGCAUCAGGCUUUACUUGUUCCCGAAGUCCUCCUGGAGAUAUUCGCUUGUGUGAACACAAUACCAUUUACUGAAACAACAUCGACUCAGCAAUCGCUUGCAGCGCUUGCAAGGACAUGCAAAAUCUUCCAUGAGCCUGCGAUGGAUUUGCUGUGGACCGAAAUCCAUGGGUUAGAACCAUUGCUAGGCUGUGUAACAAGGCUACAUCCACUGAUAUAUCGUAGGGGUAAAAGGCGGGUCGAGCGCAGGGCGAAAGGCAUCGAGCCAUUAUCUGCCCAUGAGGCCCGUCAAUUUAUGCGUCACUCCUCCCGUAUACGCACAUUAGAAAUACAAUGUCAACAUCCGCACCUUCUCUCUGUCAUCCCCGCUGAGGCAUGCAUAUUUCCGAGGCUGAAGUCAUUAAGUCUUUCCACCACAUAUUUGAACUUUUUUCUGUCUCGCAUGCUGCAUCGAUGUCAGCUAUUGGGCGUCGACGAGAGUCUGCAAUCUUUUGUGACACGUUACAUUGCUCUGGAGCAUUUACGCAUCUACACUCCUUUAAGCGAUGGUGAUGGCAGCACACCGGCAGCAGAUGAACUGUCCCUCCUAUCCGAUAGGAUUCGGUGGUGCACGCGGCUUGUAACUCUUUCUUGUCCAAUGCUCGACUUGGCAGCAUGGAAACACCUCUCCCACCUCCCUACCCUUCGCAAAUUGGAGAUUGAUCAAGGGUAUAAUGACCAUCCUUCGCUGCCAAAACAAGAUAUCGUGAAUUUAUCAUUCCUUAACAUCACACGACUUUCCUUUCAAGAGCUCUACGAUGCCGGAGACAUCAUCACAGUCAUGCAACACUCCCAAUUUCCCUCGCUGAAAGAGUUCGAGUUUGAAGCCAACCGUCUGUCCUCAGAAGAAGCCGAGCAACUCUUUCAUGCUCUGUCCCACUGCAAAGCGUGUCGGACUCUAGAAGAAAUCACCAUCUGUUCUCUUGAACGCAAAUUCGCGGGAAGCCAAUACGACGAGUCUUUGACACCAAUUCCGCAUUUCCUUUGCUUUACACGGCUCCGAACCCUGAAGCUCAUGUUUUAUGGUUUCUGCAUCUACCUGGACAAAGACAUGCUCUUGCAAGCUAUGUCUAGUUGGCCGCACAUCCGCACUCUGGAAAUCGAAGAAUCUGAUCUUUCUUCCGAAGUCUCCCUCCGUGGAUUACUCACAGCGAUCGGUCUAUGUCCACAAUUGGAUACACUACAAGUUCCAAUCAAGAUUGCAACUAUCGACAUCGAUCCUGAUGCCGAGCCGAUACAGCAUACCUCCCUAGAAUCAUUGGAUUUGGACUUAUCCGAGUCUCUAACAGAUGCUGAAACUAUCGCCCGCAUCAUUUCCGCCUGGUUCCCUUGUGUCGGCGGAGUUCACAACCUAAAUGGUUGUUGGUCUCAAGUCAACAGGCAUCUUAGAUCUUUGAGAACGGCUACUGCGUCGUGUGUCACAGGAGCCUCCUAGAAUAUUUGGGUUUGGAAUACAAUACCUUCACGUCCGGGAAUGUUGUUACAUACCCUCGAGUUCUUUCAUUCGUUCAUUAUUGUUGUCGUCGCUGUUGACUGUAGUUAUAAUUUCUGUACUAGUACUUCUGCAUAAUCGCCAACAACUCACUGGUUCACUGUCAUUAGUACGAUUUCCAACUUGAUUGCGUGCAUCACCCGAGCACCACCGUUCACUGUGCUCGAUGGUCUCCUCCUUCCUUC